AAUAAUUUCAUGUGGUUAAGGAAUACAACCUUUGGUUUUGCUUGUAGUUGCGUUGUAUAUGUAUACUUUACUGCAAUAUGUAGUAUGCCACAGAAACAUCAUUUAAAAUUUGACAUACGUGCAGAAACAAUUUACUGAUGAUAUUAGGAUAAUGGAAAAGCAAAACUAGGGGUUCAAGAAGAAAUCUCCUCUACAAUGAAGGCACGUGUAGAAAUGGUUCUGGUUAUACUCGCUGUGACGAUGGGUAUAAACUACAGCGCCACUAAGGGAUCGUUUACUAAGGAGGAAAGUGAUACCACGACAUAUGGAUACACGGGCGAACAAUUUCAUAAUGGUACAAGUGAUGCCACGACAAGUCGAUACACGGGUAUUAAAACUUCAGCGGGAGAACAAUUUGAAAAUGGUAAAAGUUAUGCCACGACAAGUGGAUACACGGGUAACAAAACUUCAACUAGAGAACAGGUUGAAAAUGGUGAAAGUGAUGCCACGACAUUUUCACAGACUAGUGAAAUAAUGUCUAAGACUACGAAUAAAAGUAACAUCACAAAUGAUAAUAAUAGUAGUGUAACUAUUGCCACUGCUUCACGUGUCACAAGGGAAACAAAUGUCAAUGUCAAUGAUACGACAACUGAUAAAGUGGGAAGAAAUUUUACAAUGGGAAAUGGCGGACAUGAUAAUAAUUAUUUUACAACCGUAUUGCCGACCAGUGAAAAAGGAACUACGACUUUAGAAAGUAAUCCCAAUACUGAAUCUGAUACACCAACGGAAGAGGACGUCUUGCUUGAUUGCAUUUACAACAACGAUGGAGUAUACAUAGAUUUAAUUACAAGUGAAUAUAUGCUGAAUGAGACUGUAGUGUUUUGUUGCCAAUUACAAAUUAAAAAUUAUGACGUUCAUAGUUUAAUGACGAAGGAAAUGACAAAGGUUUAUGAGAUAAUAGAAUUUUGGAUCAGUAUAUGUUUAGUGUUCAUUGGGUUAGUUGGUAAUGGUGUAUCCUUUGUAAUAUUGUACAGGGAGAAGACGAGUACUAGCAUGUUUCUUCUAAAGGCACUUUCAAGCUGUGACGCGCUCUAUUGUCUCUGGUACCUCAUGUUUGCACCCUACUCCAUCGCUUAUGAAAUAACACCAUGGAUUAAAAACAGAGAAUCUAAUAUUGUUAAUUGGAUCCCAUUUCAUUUUUUGAAAUUAGGUUUGGUUAACUAUGUUCUUCAGACCAUUUCUAUUUGGCUUGUUGUGCUCCUUACCAUUGAUCGUUACAUUGCUAUCUGUUAUCCAUUCAGAGCAAAAGUUUUGUGCACAUUGAAUAAAGUCAGAAUCGAAGUUGGUGUCUUAAUCAUACUAUCCAUUUGCUUCGCUAUCCCUAAGGGGUUUCAGAACGCUUCGGAAAUGUCAGUAAAUGCAUGUUUACGUACACCUUAUGUCGAAACCGUUCUAACAAAGUUUGGGGAGUCAUUUGGAUGUGCUGUAGUGUAUAACAUCAUUCUUGAUGGAUUCUUAAGAUAUAUCAUCCCUGUUAUUAUGGUUCUUGUAAUGAACAUCCUUUUAAUUAGAGUCCUGACAAAGGCUGCAGCUAACCGAGUACAGAUGAGUUCAAUUAGUGAGACAAGCCAACAAGACAAUGGCAUCACUAAAAUGCUAGUAACAGUUGCAACUGUGUUCUUAAUCUUAAUCCUCCCACAGGUGGGUGCCAAGAUUUUGAAAUCUCUUGUUUAUUUGAGUAUGAAAAACAAGAUCAGUUUGUCCGUCAAUGUGUCACCAACUGCAGUCGAAAGUGUUGUGUUGGCGUCCAAUUUGGCUCUCCGGUUGAACUCAUCGAUUAACUUUAUUCUUUACAUUAUUGUGAGCCAACGAUUCAGGAAAGGCUUUGCCCAACUGUUUCGGUGUAGCAGAGUUCUCAAGUCAGAUACAACUUCCAGUGGCUCACGCACAUCAAGCACUGGUGCUUCAAAGUCGGAACUUUGAGAUAUUUGAUUUCCUUUACAUGUAUAACCGGUGCCUUUUUAGAAGUUGCAUUUGGUAAUUUUCAUUUUUUUGUGAUUUUAUAGCAUGGUCUAUGGGGAAUCUCCCCGAGCAAGAAGUCACUGAAUUUUGAAUUUUUAAUGACGUAAAUCAAGAUUAUUUCUACUCGCAUCUGGGUUAUUGGUUUAGAAAUAGAGAUCGAAACCAGCUAUAUUUUUCUCUCGUUGACCAUUGUGAAUUAUUGUGUUUCAUGGACUGUGGCGCGCAUUUUUGAUGUCAGGAGUAUUGGUCAUCAUAUCAAUUUAUUCCUCAACAUGUUUUGUAUUUGAUCUUCUGCAUGAAUUUAUGUAACAUGGUCUUUAAGCUAGUAGUAUUUGAUUCUAAGAACGGGUCCCUAGUGGCGG